AUGGCACCAACCCCUGAUUGGGUCAAGCAAUUGAAGCCUUCUGGCCCGCAGGGCUAUGAGCUCCUUGCUGCCGAGCGCGCAAGGUCCAAUAUCCCAGUUGAGAAGCUGCAAGAGCUUCUCCUAACCAAGGAAGCCAUUGAAAGGAAACGGCGAAUACUCGACAUCUUGAAAUCCGAAAAGGUCUUCGACAAAUCUCAGAACUACUUUUCUGGCAGAAUGGAGCGUUUUGAGAGAGCUCUUGCUCGCGAAAAGAAGCUGCAGAUGCUGAAGAGGAAACAUAAUUGGACGCAGGAGGAGUUCCGCACUGCUUCAGAGCUUAUUGGCGAGCCGGGUCCGUACGGGUUGCACGAAAGCAUGUUCAGAAUUACAAUCGACGAGCAAGGUACCCCAGAACAACGUGAGAAGUUUGGGAAGCCAGCUGCGGACUACAAAAUUAUUGGCUGCUAUGCGCAAACCGAGCUCGGCCAUGGGUCCAAUGUUCGUGGUCUCGAGACGACAGCGACCUGGAACCCAGAAGACAAGACAUUCACGAUACAUUCGCCGCACCUUACCGCAAGCAAGUGGUGGAUAGGCUCCCUCGGCCGCACAGCGAACCAUGCCUGUGUCGUGGCGCAGCUGAUGGUUGACGGCAAAUCAUACGGACCGCACCCCUUCAUUGUCCAGAUACGUGAUACGAAGACCCAUGAACCGCUGGAAGGCAUCCACGUUGGUGAUAUGUUUGGAUACAACACCAUGGAUAACGGCUUCUUACUCUUCAAUAACGUCAAAGUACCGCACAUCUCCAUGCUGGCGCGCUUCUCGUCAGUCGACCCUAACACGAACAAGUACGUUCGCCGCGGUUCGCCAUCUCUUGUAUACGGCACGUUGACGUGGGUUCGCUCAACGAUCGUCAUGCAAGCUGGUGCAGUGCUCGCUCGGGGCGUGACAAUUGCUACUCGCUAUUGCGCUAUCCGCCGCCAAUUCCAGGACCGCGAUGCGCCAGAAUGGGAGAAGGGCGAGAACGCCGUGCUCAACUACACCAUGGUCCAGAUCCGCCUUCUUCCCCUUCUCGCUGCCACGUUUGCUCUGCACUUCACCGGCAAGGGCAUGAUGAAUUUGUACCAGGAAAAUCAGAAACGGAUGAAUGAGAAGAACGCUGGCAGAGAUGGACCUAGCAAGAGGGGUGCCGGCCCGGAAGAGACGCAGUCGGGUAGUGAUAUCUUGGCAGAUCUGCAUGCUACAUCUUGUGGAUUAAAGGCUCUGUCAAGUUCCACCGCGGCAGAAGGCCUUGAAGUAUGCCGCAGAGCCUGCGGUGGCCAUGGGUACUCUAGCUUCAGUGGAAUCGGCCCUUGGUAUUCGGAUUACCUCCCAACGACGACAUGGGAAGGGGAUAACUACAUGCUCACACAGCAGGUUGCUCGCUAUCUCCUCAAAUCCGCGCGCUCCGUUCUCGCCAACGAGCUCCCCAUAAAUGGUGCCUUCGCUGACUUUGUACCCCCUCCUUUAGACACUACCCGCAUCCUAUCUACCUUCCGCUCGCGCUCAGAAAUUGGCUGCGCCUUCGAUAUUCUCGGCUCCGACUGCGACAUCAUCGCCGCCUUUGCAUGGCGCUCUUCCUUCCUAACUUUCGAAGCACUCAAGCACCGCGAUGAGGAGAAGAAGCCCUGGAACGAUCUGCUCGUCGACUUCUAUAGGCUGAGUAAGGCGCACAGCCAGUAUAUGGUUGUCAAGAACUUCUACGAAGCGUUGCUGUCGCCGGAUACGACGUCCAAGAUCGAUGCUGAUACUAUCGAUGUUCUAUGGAAACUGUUUAGGCUUUACAGCCUGCACACACUUGAGCAGGAAGGCAGCGAGUUUUACGCCAGCGGCGCCUGCUCAAAGCAUCAGAUCAUGUUGGCACGGACGAAUGCGGUUAUGAAGCUGCUCAAAGAGAUUCGACCGCAUGCCGUGCGGCUUGUGGAUUCUUGGGGCUUUGAUGACUGGUUGUUGGAUUCGAGCCUGGGCAGGUAUGAUGGGAAGGUGUAUGAGGACAUGUUCUAUAGGGCGAGUGAGCUCAACCCACUGAACAGGGUCACGGUGGAUCCGUAUCCGGAGAGCGAUGUGCUAUUCAGGAAGAUCGAGGGAGAGGUGAAGAGUAAGCUGUAG